AUGGCUCCAAGCCAUUUUGGCUAUCCGAUUGGCGAUUUUUUUGUAUAUGGAUGGUCGAUUUCUGGUAACGAAACGGCUAUCGGUGUCAAAACUCGCGGAUUAUUUGCUCUAUUUGAUGUAGGUAUUGCUCCUUCUUGCCAUGGCCACAUAGAUCAUAUUGGAGCAAUUUGCCAGCACAUGAGAAAACGCGUGUUAAAUAAUAUCGGCCCUGCAACCUAUUACCUCCUUCCACACCUUAUUGAACCAGUCAAAGCACUGUGUCGUGCUUAUAGUGAACUUCACGGUUGCGAAAUGGGCCAAAUAUCUGAACCUAAGUUAGUGGAAAUGAUUCCGGGUUCACGAAUACAGAUUGAGAGUAAAUGGUGGGUAGAGGGUUUUCAAACCGACCACGUUGUUCAAAGCCUAGGCUACAUACUUUUUUGCCAGGAUUUUAAAACGACAGAACUAAUACCUGAAAUUGCUUAUACUGGGGAUACUAGAUUUUCUGUGUUUUCCCUACCAGCGCAUCCCAACCUCUUGCAAGUUAAACUUUUAAUAACUGAAUCGACGUAUCUUGAUGCCGACAACCGAUCAAGAGAGAAUUCCCAAAAAUAUGGUCACAUCUGUAUUACUGACUUCGCCAUAAACUCACGGCUAUUUAGGGAUGUUGGUGCCAUCUUUCUGAUGCACUUCUCUGACCGCUAUAGUCUACAAAUGAUCAAGGAUAGGGUAUAUUGCUCACUGCCGGAAGAUCUGGCAGAAAAAGUCUACUGUUCUCUUACAGCGAAAAAGGCCCUCAAAGUUGAACACAGUGCGGAGCCCCUAAUGCCAUAG